AUGACCGAGCAGCGCCACGCAGACCUAGCCGACGACUUUUGCAAGGACAAGCUCCCCCGCGACGACAUCUACGUGGCGCCCCAGCACCAGCCUGUCAACCCGGAGGACGAGGACGACGUGGUUCCCGACCAGCAUGCCGCUUUCGGGAUACAGAGGGCUACGCAGAAGUCCAAGGAGCCGGUCUGGAAGGAUCUCGGGUUGGCGGAGCUGAUGAGGAGGGGACCUUCUGGGCCGUCAAAGAUGCCUAGGUAA